UGAGGUCAUUUCCGCCACACAGCUGAGAGAGUUGUGUUGACGAUGGCUCGGUGAUGGUGGUAAUGUUUCCGCGUCAGAGUUCCACGCCUGCAGAAGGACAUUUUUCGGGGAUUAUAGUUAGCUGAGCAAUCGCGCGGGCAGGAGAGAGAAGCGACGUCCCGGCCCAUUGAAACGAACGGAAGCCAGAAUGCAGCAACCACCACCACUUGUGAAUGGUGAGGGCUUGGGUCAGCCCCAACAACAUAGGUUUCCUUUAACCCCUCCAGCGAGACCACCUGGCCCUCCAAACCCUCUUGGUGUCUCCAAAGCAUAUACUACUACAGGCCCACCAAGAUUAAAUGGGCCAGUUAUGAAUGGUCCUCCAAUGGGUCCACCUAGGGGCCCACCACCCCUAGGUGCAGUUCCUCCUGGAAGGCCGCCUUUAAGACCCCCCUUGGUGAAUGGUCAGCCUGGCCCCCCCUUGCGCACUCCUCUUGGUCCACCUCUGCGACCGCCUGCCGGCAGCCAACCUCUGCCUCCUUCAGGCCCACCUACAGGUCCUCCACAAGCAGCUAUUGAAUCCCAGUCAAAGGGACUAGUAAGACCAACCCCAAGUCCAGUUAAUGCUCCACCUAGUCCUAUACUCAACGGUCAUCAAAAGCCUGCACCUCCACAAUCGUUUCCAGAAUCACUCUCUAAUAGAUCAUCUAAUCGGUCUUCUCGUCAGCCUUCUCCCAUCCCCACUCCUCAGCUUGAUCAUAUGGAGAUGCAGGCCACUCCAGUCUCAGGCCUGACUCCUACUGGGUCUACUGCCAGCCUGAAUGAAAGUUUACAACCGCCUUCAGUGGAGUCGUCGGCUAAGUCCAAGGAAGCCUGUGGGAGUGGAAAGCAGUCGCCAAGAAUACCGUCUCCGGUCGUUUCUGGAACAAACUCGAAUGUGCCAGUGAAUGGCCUUAAUGCCAGUGUGCCUGAAGUAUCAGAACCAUUAAAUAGAAAUUCUGAAAUGAGCAAUGAGUCAGUUAGAGUUGCACAAGUGCAAGCCACAAGCAGUGUUACAAGCAGUACAUCCUAUGCAAGUGGCUUAGUAACGCAAAAUGUUCAGCCCCCAGUUAGUGUCAACACCUCUGUGCCGCUGUCUUAUAGUAAUUCGCCAUUAGUAAGACCGCAGUGGGAUACCACAGCUGGAGUGCUUCCCGCGAGUGGGGUGCAAAGUGUAAAGGCACCAAAUGUACCAUUGUCUGGUGGAGUGAACACAAGUGCAGCAGUUAGUAGUAGUAAUCAGCCUAGCUCUAUACAAAGACCUUUAGGUUCAAAUACUAGUGCUCUGACAAAUCUGUUUCCACCGACUGGUUCAGCUCCUGUGCCAAGUGGAGUGCCUCUCCAGCCCAACAGUGCAGGCCUUCCACCUGCUAGUUCAGCUCCUGUACAUGGGGUUGGCUUUUCACCCAGUAACAUUGGUUCUCCAAGGGUACCUAUGACCAUGACGGGCUCUUCCAUGGGUAUGCCACCUUCAUCUGUUGGUAUGGCUGUAUCCACUUCCAGAGGCCAAACGCAGUUUGGUCCACCCCCCACAUCCAUGGGUCCACCCCCUACAUCCAUGGGCAUGCCACCAACAUCCAUGGGGCCCCCACGAGCAUCCAUGGCAUUCCCACCAACAUCUAUGGGGCCACCCCCAACAUCUAUGGGCCCACCCCCAACAUCCAUGGGCAUGCCACCAACAUCCAUGGGCAUGCCACCAACAACUAUGAGCAUGCCACCAACAUCCAUGGGCAUGCCACCAACAUCCAUGGGCAUGCCACCAACAUCCAUGGGCAUGCCACCAACAUCCAUGGGCAUGCCACCAACAUCCAUGGGCAUGCCACCAACGUCCAUGGGCAUGCCACCAACGUCCAUGGGCAUGCCACCAACGUCCAUGGGCCCUCCCCCAACAUCCAUGGCUCCACCGCCCACUUCUAUGGGCCAGCCAGUAGGAUCCAGGCCCCCUCCUCCCACAUCAAUGGGUUACAUUCCAGGGCCCAUGGGCAGUGGUCAACCCAGACCAUCUUAUGGAGCACCACCGAUAUCUAAAGGUAAUAGUAUUCCACAGUACCAAGGACCAAUGUCGUCUCCGUAUUCAAAUACACAGGGAGGCAUACCUAAUCCCAAUCAACUGUCACAACAACUAGGUGGAUUAUCAGUAACACGUGACGGGUGGUCGAAAGGAUGGGGAACUCAUCAGGUUGACCUGUUACAGCAGCGCCAGAUAUUACCUCCAGAAGGUGUCAAACCUCCUGCCAUUGUUUUAGCCCAAGAUUACCUUCCAAAUUGUUCUCCAGACAUCUUUAGAAGUACAUUAACGAAAGUGCCAGAGUCUAAAUCUGUGCUCUCCAAAGCACGGCUUCCCUUUGGCAUCCUUAUACAUCCAUUUAAAGACUUAGAGCACCUUCCAGUUGUGAGCUGCAACACGAUAGUUCGUUGCCGAUCUUGUCGUACCUACAUCAACCCCUUUGUAGUUUUUAAAGGUGAACGUCGUUGGGAGUGCAACCUUUGCUUCAGGGUCAAUGACCUUCCGGAAGAGUUCCAGUAUGACCCAGUUAGUCGAACGUACGGUGAUCCCUCAAGACGGCCAGAAGUUAAGGAAGCAACUAUAGAAUUCAUUGCACCUCAGGAAUACAUGUUAAGGCCCCCUCAGCCUGCAACCUAUCUUUGGGUAUUAGAUGUGUCUCGACAAGCGAUAGAUACAGGGUAUUUAAAGAUUGUAUGUGAUACUUUACUGUCUGAGCUGGAUAAAAUCCCUGGUGACAGACGAACUCUCGUAGGCUUUAUUACUUUUGCCAGUAAAGUUCAGUUCUACCAGAUGGGUGAAGAUCAGAAAAGUGUCCAAAUGCUCGAGGUUGGUGAAAUAGACGAUACGUUUGUACCUUGCCCAGAGGAUCUUCUCGUAAAUCUGGAUCAAUGUCGCACAUUGGUAGAGGAAUUCCUCACCAUGCUUCCUGAAGCACAUAGUGGCACCUACCAAACUCAGUCAGCCUUAGGCCCAGCACUACAGGCUGCGUAUAAACUUAUGAGUCCGAUUGGUGGCCGCAUUACUGUGAUAACUACUACUCUACCCACUCUUGGCCCCGGAGCAUUGAAGUCUCGCGAAGAUCCCAAUCAACGAGCAGGGAAAGAUAUUCAAAACAUGGGACCAGCGACAGACUUCUAUAAAAAAUUAGCACUAGAUUGUUCAGGGCAGCAGGUCGCUGUUGACAUGUUUGCGCUCAACUCACAAUACGUUGAUAUGGCUACUUUAACUGGCAUGAGCAAGUUUUCUGGUGGCUGUAUCCAUCAUUUUCCAAACUUCCAUGUGUCAAGAAAUCCUACAAGUGUAGGACCUUUCACUUCAUGUCUUGCUAGAUACAUCACUCGUAAAAUUGGUUUUGAAGCAGUCAUGAGAAUCAGAGCAACCAGAGGAUUGGCAAUAACGAAUUUCCACGGUAAUUUCUUUGUUCGAUCAACGGAUCUCCUUUCACUGCCAAACAUCAAUCCUGAUGCUGGUUUUGGAAUGCAGGUUAACAUCGAAGAACCUCUUCAUAAUAUCCGUACAGCUUGUUUCCAAGCAGCGCUUCUCUACACAUCAAGCAGAGGGGAACGUCGCAUCAGAGUUCACACGUUGUGUUUGCCUGUCAGUCCAAAUGUUCAUGAAAUUGUAACUUCAGUAGAUCAGCAAGCCAUGAUAGCUCUGCUGGCAAAAAUGGCUGUUGACAGAUGUUUGACAUCGUCUAUGUCUGAUGCUCGAGAAGCACUGGUAAAUGCAUGUGUGGAUGCCCUUUGUGCAUACAAGAUUGGGUUGUCCACUCCAUCACAUGGAACUAUUGAAGCUGCUCCUGCCCUGCAGUUACUUCCUUUGUACACUUUAGCACUUCUUAAAUCAAUUGCUUUCCGAGGAGGCUUGAGCACAAAGCUAGACGAUAGGAUGUUUGCAAUGUGCGAGCUCAAGACGUUACCUCUGCGACACUUAAUGAACGUUGUUUAUCCUGAUUUAUACCCUGUACAUGCCUUGUCUGAAAAAGGAUCAUUAAACAUUGAUGAUCAGGUUGUGCCUCAGCCUGGAUGUCUUCACCUGUCUGCUGAACGCUUAGACCGUUACGGUGCUUAUCUUAUGGAUGCCGGGCACACGAUGUAUAUUUACGUACGUUCGGGCAUAGCCUCAGAAUGGGUUGAGGGAACGCUAGGAGUUCCCAGUUAUGCUGCUAUUCCUCAGCCCAUGUACGACGAUUCUUUACCUGUUCUAGACUCAAAUAUGUCCUUAUUACUUCGUAACCUCAUUGGAUAUCUUCAGAGUAAAAAACCCUAUCCUGCACCCGUCUUGGUUUUGAAGGAGGAUAAUCCAGCGCGAGUAUUAUUUAUUCAGCAUCUUGUGGAUGACAGAACCGAAGGAUCACAGUCUUACGUAGAGUUCCUACAAUACCUGAAGGGUCAGAUUAAAUAAUUGGGAAAAAAACUGAAGUGUAGUGAGUGUUAUGUUUUCCAGUUUAUUCUCAAAUAAGAGAACCAGACACUUGUAUCUCCAUCAUAUAAGACUACUACUUGCCUCAUUCUUAUUAAGGUAUUUGUGAAUUUGAAUUGUUCAAGCCAUGGUUUAGGAAAUCCAUGUAUAUGGCUGAGCUAUCUUAUGUCUGUGCAUAUGUUGGCCAGUAGCUGCUGCUGCUGCAAUAAUAAGUAGGACAUUUGACAAGGAAAUAUUUAAGUGAGAAAUUCUGAGAAAUGCUCCAAAAGUAGUGUUGUCAGUCUAGGCAUAUGAAAUUAUUUAAUUGGGAAAAAUGAACACAUUUAAAUGAAUACAGAAUCAUUUCUGUACUGUUACUUCAGGGUUGUUAUUGGUAAAGCUUUAAUUGUAGCCAUAUUAAUUGAAUAACUAGAUCUGCCUAGAACAUUGUGUUAGAAAUGGGGAUAAGGGAAGGGAGAGUUGAGUGCAAAAGCAGAGAUUGUUAUUCCAGGUGUUGAGAAAAUCUAUAUAUUGUAUAGCUUGGUUAUUUAAAAAUUAUAUUUAAAGUUUAGGGUUUUCAUUUGGCAACUACCUACAUCUUGGCUUGUGUGUGCUAAAUCUCUCUAUACUAUUUACUUACUGUAAUUUUCCUUCUAGUUGUGCCAUUUAUGAAGACAAUUUGAAAGGCAAGAAUGGCAGAAAAGAGUGAACAAGUUACAUUUCAUUCCUUCAGUUUAUUAACCGUUUAUGCAGAAAUGGGAACGUAGUAGUUAUUUUAUGUAGUAAGAAUAAUUUCCAAUUUUGUCUCAAUCGUGGAACUCUGUGAAGAUUGCAAAAGAUAAUGUUUUAGUUACGGGAAAGAGCAGCAGUUGGAUUUUCCUCAGUAUGUUUUGAUAUGCUUUGUAUUCGGGUCAUAUUCAGUUAUUUUAUAUGUUGACUGGAAUUUUUGUACCUUAAAAUGCAUAAGCAUUGGUGUACUAGUUGGGAUAGACCAUGUACUACUCCGUUUAUAAUUUGGGACUUUCUUAUAAGUGUAUGACUUGAGUUGUAUUUAGCAUGUGAACUUGCAUGUAUUACAACUGCCACCAAAACAGGAUUUAUUUUAUCAAGUUACAAAGCCAGGUUUAUGCAUUUCAUUAAACCAUUUUCAUGGUAUUUGUAGUACACUGUACUCAUAUUUAUCCUUCUUGCUAUCUUGCACCAUUGCAGUAUUUUAGAUAAGAUGUGGUGCAUUAGUACAUUGAAUGAUAUAGGAUUUAAAUAACAUCAAAAUUAACUUUUUACUCUGAAAACAAAACCAGCGUAAGCUUAAAUUGGAACUUUUAAUGAGGUUGGGUGCUGUCACACUCACAAGAAGACUGAAGGCAAUUUACUCAUGAAAUACAUACACAGGUUAAAUACAAUUUCUACAGAGAUUAAGAAAAAAAAGUUGUAAUUUUUCAAAUAAAUUUGUUAAUACACUCAUGGAAAACGGAGGUUGACACAACUAACUCCUGUUCCGUACACACGCAUGCGCGCACAUACAUUUAGAGUAUGUUUAUGUAAUGGUAGUUAAUCUUUAUAUUGAUAUUCAGGAGAUUCAGCAGGUAAAAAAAAUAAAAUCUUGACUUUAGUAGAUAUUCACAGACUUGAGGUAGGUGAGAAUAAAAUGUUUACAUGAAAAUUUGUGGCCUGUAGAUAUUUUAUGUGCGUCAUUGAAUAGUACUGUACAGCGUACAUCACGCUGUGCUUUUAAUAUUUUAUUUACACAUUUAUGUGGAAAACCUUUAGGUAGUUUUCUGUGUAUAUUUUAUUUGUUAAACCUAUCCCUGCUCAAUAUAUAUAUAAUAUAUUUUUUUCUGUAUAUGCAUUCACUAUUCAUUAGCUUUUGUUUCCUUUUUAUAUAUACAUACAUACAUUUAUAGGUGCCCGGGACUUUUUCCACAAGUUAAGAGGAUUGCCAUGAUAGCCAACUUAAGAAAAGUUUUUUACUGAUUGUUGUGUAGUUAGGAAGAUAUUUUAUUAUUUUUUUCCAUCAAUUUCAUAGGGUGUCUACAAUGAGGAACCUUAAAGUUUUUGAGAAAAUCCAUUAAAAAUUGCGAGUGCAGUGCUAGUGUUUAACUGGCAUUCAUCAUAUGGUGUAUGUAUGGGUGUAAUAUAGCAUUGUACAUAAAUGUUUUUCAAAGGUUCAUUUGGAAUUAAUGCUUGGGAAAAGAGCUGUUGUGGAGUCAUUUGGAAUGUGACUCCAGUAUAAAUAAAAGAAUGCUUUUCCUGAAGAAAGUUUCAUCUGGAACCAUAUAUCAGGUGUACAUUUUGAAAGAUGUGAAAGUUGUGAUCUAAAGCAAAUAUGCACAAUAAAAGGUUAUAUAACA